AUAAAAUUGGGUUUAGGGGGCGUUUGACGAAUUCAAACUGUUCUUUACUAUAUGAAUUGCCAAGUGCAUUUACAAAUUCAUCAUAGUUAGCCUCUCAAGCUGCGACUUCCACAAUGGGGAGGAUUCACUGCGCCUCUCUGGUUCUAACAUACACUCUAUUCAUUUUACUGCUCUUUCAUGUUGCUGUCUCCACCGGUGCUGAUGACACAGUAAACAUUGCUGCCAUUCUUGAUGUGACUACACCUGCGGGAAAGGCGGCCAACAAGUCUUUACAUUUUGCUCUCCAAGAUGUUAAUGACGGGGCGGCUACUGGUACCCGUCUCAACCUCACAAUUCAAGAAUCUCGAGGAUUUGUUGGAAACGUUCUGGAGGUGUUCAGAAGUGAGGUUGCUGCAAUCCUGGUGCAGGAGCCUAAGUUUGCAAAUUUUUUGUCCUCCGUAGCGGAAGAAGUUCAUGUUCCAAUUCUGUCAUUCAGCGGUUCGCGUGGAUUUGGCACUGCAAUUGAGUCCACAUAUUUAGUUUCCACAUUUCCUAGUCGUUAUGGUGAUAUGAACGCCAUAGCAGCCAUAGCAGGCCACUUUCAGUGGAAGUCAGUGGUCGUACUGUACGAAGACGAUGAGUUUUGGUUAAAUGGUGUUUACCAAUUGACUGAGGCGCUGCAGGAGUUUCAGCAGGACUGGGGAAACAGCAGGACGACAAUUUCACAGACUCUAGCGUUUUCUUCUGGUUCGAGGGCAGAGCAAAUUAGGGAAACCUUGGUGGAAUUGAAGAACAAAAGCUGUGUCAGGGCAUUCAUUGUGCAUACUAGCGUGGAUGUGGCUCUCAAAAUGUUCACCAUAGCACAAGAGCUGGGAAUGAUGUCUGAAACUUAUGCUUGGGUUGUCACGGAUUCCAUUGCUUCCUCUUUCGAUUCUCUGUCUUCUUCUUCUAUCCAAACAUUGCAAGGAAUUGUGGGAGUUAGAAGCGUUGCAACAUCUCAAUUCACAGAAUUGCAGAAGAGGCUGGGGCUCAUGUUUGCAGACGAUGACAUCAGCCGAAUUGGGGUGCAAGCGUACACUUCUCUUAAGCUAGUUGCAAGUGCAGUUUCUGCCUUGCGUUCAGAGGAUGUAAAGAUUGGAUAUGAUAGACAAAUUCCCAUGAAUGACACGGAUUUCCCUGCUUCGAUGAUGGUUUUGACAGGAGGGGAGAUGCUUCGUCAGAAGAUAAUUGACUUCUCAGAAUCUGGCGCCGCUACCGAUGAUCUCAAAACUCUAGAGUAUGAGAUCAUUAACGUUGUUGGAAAAAGUUACAACACAGUUGGUUAUUGGAGAAAAGACACUGGGCGGCUUCAAUCUGCACGCAAAGAAGAAGAUAAGGUGGGGACUAUCAUCUGGCCUGGUGAUAACCCAAAAAAUCCCAAUGGCUACAGACAACUUAAAAUUGCUAAAAUCGCUGGGAAGAGGGCUUCUAAUUUCAGUGAGUUCAUCGGCCGGCUAUCAGGCUACACGGAUGAUACAUUUAAGGCCGCUGUAGAUUCACUCCCGUACAAUCUACCUUUCCUGUACGAAGAGUUCGACAAAGGCAACUCAAAUCUUUCAAACUAUGAUGCACUGGUGAACGAGUUAUCCCAUGGAAAUAGAUUCGAUGGGGUUGUUGGGGACGCGACAAUAUUGUGGAGCCGCUCGUUGAAUGUUGAUUUCACCCAACCAUAUACCCAAACGGGUCUGGUGAUGAUGGUGCCAUUAGAAAGAGUGCGAGGGCGGACGUGGUCUUUUCUCCAUCCAUUCAGUGCAGGGUUGUGGGCUAUAGCGGGGGCUUUCUUCGUCUUCACGGCGUUCCUUGUGUGGCUCAUGGAACAUGAGGACAACAAUGAAUUCCAAGGAAAAGUUAACGAACAAAUAGUCACAUCAUUAGCAUUGUCCCUCUCUGCCUUCGUAUUUGCUCAAAGAGAAGAGGUGAAGAGCUCUCUGGGCAAGGGAAUCGUAGCUACGUGGCUCUUCAUUGCUCUAAUAUUGAAUAACAGCUACACUGCACAUUUGACCUCUAUUUUGACGGUGGAGAGACUGGCCCCUACCAUUACAAGCAUGAAAAGCCUCACCACAAGCAAUGUUAAAGUGGGUUACAUGAGAACUUCAUUUGCCAAGAGUUAUCUCCUAGAAGAUCUGAACAUACCAGAAGAUAGACUGGUUCCUGUAAUGAGUCCACAUGAUUACGUGGACAAGCUAUUGAGUGGUGAAGUGGGUGCCAUAGUGGAUGAGAGCCUCUACAUUCAAAUAGUGAAAUCUCUUUACCCAUGUGCAAAACUCGAAGUUGUAGAUCGAGGAUACUUCGACACAGGAGGCUUUGGAUUUUUUUUCCGGAAAGGGUCACCAUUUUUAUCAGACAUAACUGAAGCGGUGCUACAUGUAUCGGAGCAGCAUUUCAUGGUUCAGAGCAUCCGCAACAAAUGGUUUGGGGAAGCAACGUCAUGUCCAGAUAUGGAAACAGGGCUUCAAUCAAAUAAUACUCCCAUUACUCCGGCUAAUCUGUGGAUUCUUUUCGUUCUCACAGCAUCCAUCUAUGCUCUCACAGCGUUGAUUCAUAUCGGUCGCAAGUUGCAUCGAAGUCAGCAAGAUUUGAGGGCAGCAGCCCACACACAAGAUUUUUCUACGCAUAUAAUGACUAUGAUCAGAUCUUUAAAAACUGUGCGGGCCCCGCCACCAAUAGAAAACGAACUCUGAUUCCGCAAGUUGUGGAAAACUCUAAAUUUUGUAGUCCAUUUCAAGCCAUGUACAAUCUGUGUAUAUCCUCCCAUUCCAAAAGCCAUUGUUUAUAUUAAUAUACACUCCGGUUAAAGACGCGUUUAAUGCGUCAUGGAGUUAUACAGAGUAAAAGGAUAAAGUCAAUUAUUGAAAUCUCGCCCCCACUGACAACUGUGAAGCUUGUCUUUACUUUGAUUCCUUCUCUCAAAAGGAAUUUAAGGUCAUUUGAAAUAUUUAAACUGGCUUGUCUUACAUGUUUCUUGCUAGAAGUUUAUU